AAAGCAUUCCGUUGUCUUUUGGUCGCUCCCUCUUUCUCUCUCACUCUGCUCUUUAAAUUUUAGGAUUUUUAUAUAAAUAAAUACACAGCCAUCUUCUAAACUCAAAUCCUCUGGCCUCUGCCUCGGCUCUUUUGUUUUGUUUUUUAUUUUCUUAGCAUAAUCUUUGAUCGAUUUCUAUAUCUUUUUCGUUCUUUUUCCAAGAAAACGCAGGAUGACUGGUGUGUCUGAUGAAGAAAGUGUCUCACUUAAUCUUCUGAGGCAGAAAAUGGCUGAGUUUGCCAAGGAAAGAGACUGGGAUCGAUUUCACAGCCCCAGAAAUCUGCUUUUGGCUCUGGUGGGUGAAGUAGGAGAACUAUCAGAGAUAUUUCAAUGGAAAGGAGAGGUACCAAAGGGACUACCAGAUUGGGAAGAAGAAGAGAAAGUGCACCUUGGAGAAGAGCUCUCAGAUGUUCUGCUGUAUCUUGUCAGGCUCUCUGAUAUCUGUGGAAUUGACUUAGGCAAAGCUGCUCUGAGAAAAGUAGAAGUGAAUGCCAUUAAAUACCCAGUAGGCAUGUGCAAAGGCUCAUCCAAGAAAUACAACAGCAGCAGCAACGGCAAUAAUGGCAGCACAGAGAACUAAGAAAAAAAAGACCAAAUUCAUUGAAAUCUUUCUGUUGAUUUUGUGUUGGUUUGGGGAAAUGGACAAGUGUUUUAGGUGAUUUUUGGAUUAUGGGCAAUUGGGUUGUAGUAUGGUAUUAGAAUUAGAGGGCAGCAACUGGCAGGCAGCCAGGCAAAUUGGAGGGAGAGUGUAUAUGAUGAAUUGGGCAUUUAUUAUUGUUGAAGAUUUUUAUUUACUGUUAUAGCAGCUGAAUCAAAUCCCUCUGACACAUGUGGUAGUAACAUGUUUUGUGUCUUUUUCUUUUCUUCA